GGCCGGGCGGGCUGACGUGCGAGCUCCAGUCUCUUUGCCGUACGAGGGUUUAUUUUGCUUUGGGCCACUCCAGCCGCCACUGUCGCCGCCAUUAGGCGAGCUGUGUUAGAUCGCAGGGUGGCGAGCUGUUGGCUUUUGGCCUCUCCCCCCCCUACAUCCUGCCUAGGUGGUAGCGCCCUCUCAACUACCUGGGUAUUUUUUUUUUAAUCCCCAUCCGCACAGAUCAGGAAGAAACCAUGUCCUGAGCUCGGGGAGGGGGAGAAGCAGGAGGCCGCAGCCAGCGGUGCGGUGCAGGGGCGGGUGGGAUGCGGGUGAGGGGAAUGGACGGCGGCCGCUGAGGGGACAAGCGCGGGAUCAGGAGGCGGCGCUACAAGAAAUGAGAAUUCCUGCAGGAAAAUAUACUGGUGGAAGACUUUUCAGAAUACUUUCUGCAGGAAAUUUUCUUCACCAGAUCACUGAUUGGAAGCAAGUCCUAUUGAUCUUGAUGAGUCCUCUUCCAAGCUUUCAGCGUGAAACACUUAAGGAGUGCAGGAUGACAGAACGUGGAAUAAAAUGGGCUUGUGAGUAUUGCACAUACGAAAACUGGCCAUCUGCAAUCAAGUGUACUAUGUGCCGUGCUCAGAGACCUAGUGGAACUAUCAUCACAGAAGACCCCUUUAAAAGUGGUUCAAGUGAUGUUGGUAGAGACUGGGACCCUGCAAGUAUUGAAGGAGGCAGCAGCCCUUUGAUAUGUCCAGAUUCCAGCGCAAGACCAAGAGUUAAAUCAUCCUACAGUAUGGAAAGUGCAAAUAAGUGGUCGUGCCACAUGUGCACGUAUUUGAACUGGCCUCGUGCAAUAAGAUGCACUCAGUGCUUGUCUCAGCGUAGGACCAGGAGUCCCACAGAAUCCCCUCAGUCUUCAGGUUCUGGUUCAAGACCAGCUCCUUUUCCUGUGGAUCCUUGUGAGGAGUACAAUGAUAGAAAUAAAUUAAACAUGAGGACACAGCACUGGACUUGUUCCGUUUGUACAUACGAAAACUGGGCUAAAGCCAGAAAAUGUGUGGUGUGUGAUCAUCCUAGACCUAACAACAUUGAAGCAAUAGAAUUGGCAGAAACAGAAGAGGCUUCAUCAAUAAUCAAUGAGGAAGACAGAACUCGAUGGAGGGGGAGUUGUAGUAGUGGUAAUAGCCAAAGAAGAUCCCCUCCCACAACCAAACGGGAAUCUGAAGUAAAAAUGGACUUUCAGAGAAUUGAACUGGCUGGAGCUGUUGGCAGCAAAGAAGAACUUGAAGUUGACUUCAAAAAACUAAAGCAAAUAAAAAACAGAAUGAAGAAGACAGACUGGCUGUUUCUCAAUGCUUGUGUUGGUGUUGUAGAAGGUGACUUGGCUGCUAUUGAAGCAUACAAGUCAUCAGGAGGAGAUAUUGCACGGCAGCUUAUCGCAGAUGAAGUACGUUUGCUAAAUCGCCCUUCUGCUUUUGAUGUGGGGUACACACUUGUUCAUCUUGCUAUACGUUUUCAGAGACAAGACAUGUUAGCAAUUCUGCUUACAGAGGUAUCCCAGCAUGCGGCUAAGUGCAUUCCAGCCAUGGUGUGCCCAGAGCUUACUGAACAAAUCCGACGUGAAAUUGCUGCCUCUCUUCAUCAACGAAAGGGAGAUUUUGCUUGCUAUUUUCUAACUGACCUUGUAACAUUUACGUUACCUGCAGAUAUUGAAGACUUGCCACCAACUGUCCAAGAGAAACUAUUUGAUGAAGUCCUUGAUAGGGAUGUUCAAAAAGAACUAGAAGAGGAAUCUCCCAUUAUUAACUGGUCGCUGGAACUGGGUACUCGCUUGGACAGUAGACUUUAUGCACUUUGGAAUCGGACUGCAGGGGACUGUCUGCUUGAUUCAGUACUACAAGCUACGUGGGGCAUUUAUGACAAGGACUCGGUGCUACGUAAAGCCCUUCAUGACAGUUUACAUGACUGUUCUCAUUGGUUCUAUACCCGAUGGAAAGAAUGGGAGUCAUGGUACUCCCAGAGCUUUGGUUUACACUUCUCACUGCGAGAGGAACAAUGGCAGGAAGACUGGGCAUUUAUACUCUCUCUUGCUAGUCAGCCUGGAGCAAGUUUGGAACAGACACACAUUUUUGUACUUGCACAUAUUCUUAGAAGACCAAUAAUAGUUUAUGGAGUAAAAUAUUACAAGAGUUUCCGGGGAGAAACUUUAGGAUAUACCCGUUUUCAAGGUGUAUAUUUGCCUUUAUUAUGGGAACAGAGUUUUUGUUGGAAAAGCCCUAUUGCUCUGGGCUACACACGGGGCCACUUCUCUGCCUUGGUUGCCAUGGAGAAUGAUGGCUAUGGCAAUCGAGGUGCUGGUGCUAACUUGAACACUGAUGAUGAUAUUACUAUUACUUUUUUACCAUUGGUUGACAGUGAAAGGAAGCUGCUGCACAUUCACUUCCUGUCUGCUCAAGAGAUUGGUAAUGAGGAACAGCAAGAGAAGCUACUCAGGGAGUGGCUGGACUGUUGUGUGACUGAAGGUGGAGUCCUAGUUGCUAUGCAGAAAAGCUCUCGCCGGCGCAAUCAUCCCCUGGUAACGCAGAUGGUAGAGAAGUGGCUUGACCGCUAUAGACAAAUCCGCCCUUGUACUUCCCUUUCAGAUGGAGAGGAAGAUGAAGAUGAUGAUGAUGAAUGAGAAAAAUGGAGAUGCCUGAAUGUGCAUAAUGUGUGGUGGCACCCUAGAGUCUGGGGCGUGCUCUAGCAGUUUGUUACAUAAUGACCCACUUGUAGCAGGAAGUACCCUGAAUAGGAUUUUAAAUCAGCAUGGGGAGAAUUCAGAAACUCAUCUGAUGUGUGAAGCUGGCUACAUUGGUUGGACUACCAUUUGUAAAAAAACAAAAUCCUAAUUUUAUUACCUAGACAGAAAGCAUUUUUCUUUCCAAUUGUACAUCUGUCUAUAAAUGUACCGCAUGUGGUUGUGUAAGAAAGUUGUGUAAUAGGAAAAAGUAUUACCAGCAUCUUAAAAUUAUUGAAGAAUUUCUUUUGAACAAGGGCACUUAAAAAGCACAUAGUAGAUGGAUAUUUGUUCCUUUUAAGACUUACAGUAAAACUUGAUAAUUUUGCAUCACAUUUUUAAGCAGUCUGACAUACCUUAAAAGAUCAUUUUAUGUGAAAUCUUACAAUUGCCCAGUUCAGAUCAUGUGGCUUUUUGGUUGAUGCCAUAUAUCCAGAGUAAGUUAGCUGUAUGAACAAGCAUUAUUUUAUUAAAGUUUGAGUUACUAUUGUGCCCAUUAUAAUAUGAAAUAUUAAAGGGAAAAACACCUUUGGAAGGGAUAAAUUUUGAUUGAGUGACCCUUUCAUUUUCUGUAAAGGUUUCUCUUGCUGUCUAUUAAUACUUUGUAUAAUUUCUUUUGGGAUAGUUUAUUUUCCUUCCUCCCAGCCUACUAGUCAAAGGAGUCUCUGUAUUCCAAAAAAACUGUAUACUAAACAAUUGUGUGGAAUUUGCUACAUCUAAACUGAACUGAGAAUUGCAUUUGUCCCAACCUGGUCUUGCUGUGAGUUGUUCAAUAGAAAUUACUAUUUUAUCAAGCCUUUCCCCCCUGCAAGUUAAAAUUGUCUCCAUUGAAGAGCACUCCUUGGUCAUUAAAAUCGAGUGAGAAAGCACUUUGGCAGUUUUCCUUAAAAGCCUUCACUCCAAAAUUGUUUUAAAGUACUGUAUAUUAUAUAUUUUUUGGUAUGUAAACUUUUGGCAUUUUUUUGCAUGUUGAUUGAUUGUGGCCACAUUUGAGUAUGUAAGUUUCCGAAAAGUAUAAGUUCAGAAUAUAUCCUCCAGUAGAAAAAUCUUUUAUUAUACUUGAUAACUUUAGCCAUGCUAUCUUGAAUGGAUAUAGCCUAUCCAGAACCUCACUUUAAAAACACUAAAGACAGAAUAGUUUUGUAUGUAAAAACACUUCUUGAUAAGCACUUUUUGAAGAUUAAUGAUGGUGGAAAAGAUGACAGGGAACCUUUUGCAGUGGAUUUCCUUGUUUAAUAAGAAUCUGGAAAGAAGCCCUACGUAGUAUUUUUACAUAGUUCUUUAAAAAAAUUAUGGCUCCAUGAACCCUUCAGAAUGUGCUGCUUUUAAAUAUUGUGGCUCAGAUGGUGUUGAAAAUCUUCAGAAAUCUUGGCAACAAACCUAUAUUAAAAAAAUUCAAUCUAUGACACUAAAGAAAUCCACUCACCUCUGUCACAGAAAUGUAAAAUCUAGAUUUUUUUGGUGGUUUUUCUGAUGUAUUCAGUGAUAAUUAGGCAAAAAAUGCAUGUUUGCUUUUUUUUUAUAUAAAAUACAUUUCCUAAGCACUUGAAGAAAAGAAUUUCUCUUCUAAAGCAGGUUCUACUUUAAUGCACAAUUCUAAUUUAGGUUUUUCCGAAUAAAAUCAUAAGGCAAGUUAAUACCUUGUUUGCAGGCUUAAUGCCUAUCUUACAAUAAAAAGGCCGUAUUUCUGGACAAGCAGUUAUUUGAAACGAUGUCAAGUCACACCCUUCUGAGUUGCUAUGUUAAUGGCUGGUAGUUUUCCCCAGGGAGCUGCAGCUGUCUUAAAUGACCUUUAUUAGCAGGCCUUCCUGUACCCAAGUAGGGAAAAUAUCUAAGUCACAACCCACUGUGCCUGAUCCUUCUGCAUCCCUCUUGGUUGAGUGCAUUUGGCUGCUGGUUACCAAUGGGAAUAAAAUGAAAACUGUGGGUUUGGUUUUUUUUACUGGCUUAUAUCACCCAUGCUAUAGAUUCCAGCACCCAAACUUCUUUUUAAAUUAAAACUUUAUGAAACACAAGGAACUGAAGUAAUCCAUCUGCUCCCUGCUCUUGCCUUCUCUGCUUUCAGACAGCUCCAACUUGACAGUUACAAUCUUCCCAGUCUGUGGGAACUUUUAUGUUUUUCUCCUUCUUUGGGGAAUCACCGCUUCUCCCGGGAGACACUAGAUGGAACUAGUGUAGGUCCAUGCCCAAGGGUCCCGGCUCUCUGCUUGCACCACCGCUAGUUUCCCCUUUGAGCAUCUCAACUGUGAUUUUCCGUCUAUGGAUUUCCUCUGCUAAAUAUCUCACAAGAGAUUGCAGUAUUUUUAUACUUGUCUCUAGAUCUUCCAAAGUAAUCAUUUUGCAUUGGCAGCAGUUGAGAAGCAAAUACUGAAAUGUCUUGUAAUGUAGUCUCAAUGCAUCCACAUGGUAAUCAGUGGAGACUAGUAAUUUUAUAGGCCCUAAAACCACUAGUUGUUACUCAGCUCCUAUUCUGCUGCAAGUAGUGGCUGUGCCUUGACUAUUGAUUGAAAUAAUGCAUGAUCUGCUAGCCUGGUCCAGUCUUUCCUCCCAUGUUAGGCUUUAGCUAAGCAUUUAUUCAAAUCUGCAAUUGAUUUUAUUGCACUGUCUCAUCAAGAUGAAAAGGCAAAUUACAGAAAUCUGAGUUUUCAAUAGCGUUGUUUGUGGUGUUACAUUAGAAUACAUUAAAAUCUAUUCAUUUAUACUGAUAUUGACUUUUUGAGCUGUACUAUAUAUUUCCCUCCUAUUUGAAAUACCUGUGUGAUUUUAUCUUUUUCCCACUUGAGCUCUUUUGUUACCUAUUUUGGCUUCAGAGCCUGUCAACCCUCUUUUCUUUAAAAGACUCCCGCUAAAUCAGUGCUAACAAAGAAGAGUGAUGGUGAAUAGCAUGAAAUGCCUUCCCUUCUCUUCACCCCCACCCUUUCCUGUCUUAAAAUUAUAUUAUUUUGGAAGCUUUGUUGUACUGCAGUAGAUCCCUGUUUUCUAAAUUACUUCAGGUUUUUGUAAACUCUUCAGUGAUACAUCUUUAAUUGGUGGUUUAGCUCAUUUACCAUACUAAAAUUGCUUCCAGUGAUAGAGUUAUACUUACAUUGUACUUGAAAUCUCCUUGGGAGGAAAAAGUUGUUUUAGUUUUAAAUGAGAAGUCUUCUUCAAGCUAGCACCCCUGAAGUAGCAAGAUGUUAAUUUCCCAACAAGUAAAUUUUUGUGCCAGAGGUUCCUAGCCUAUAUCCUGGUUGUAGAAGAGCCUGCAACAAGUUGGAAUGUUUUCUUAAGUGUCCAUUUUUACCAAUGUCAACACCACCACUCUGGAAUGCCACUGCUCCAUUUAAAAGCAAAGUUCCAACAAACAGCAGCUUCUAAAAAAAUCACGCCAGUGUAAAUGUUCUGUUACUUCACCUUCAUUUGUGUGGCUUCCUCAAUGUUCUCUGUAAUUCACCCAUGUUCCUUCUCCUGAUUGCUCUAUACUGGUGUCUAUGGUAAGUUCUUCAAAAUUACAGUGUUAGAUCAUUGCCACUGCUAUGAAGUUGACUCCCUUGAACAUGUUCAAAGCUGGUAAUGUGCUUUUCCAUUAACAUAAAACAAAACAAAUACAAGUUUUGUAACAAUG